GGCGGAGCGGCGGGCGCGGUGGCUGCCGGGGAGCGCGGGGUUGCGGCGGCGAACCGGAGAUUUCUCCCGAAGCUUUAUUGAUAACGUUUUGGCUUCCUGACCUUGGAAAAGGAGGAGUUGUGCAGAAAUGUCUAAGAUUGAGAAAAUGAGUAUCCUUGGAGUGAGGAGUUUUGGGGUGGAGGAUAAAGACAAGCAGAUCAUCACUUUCUUCAGUCCAUUAACUAUUUUGGUGGGACCAAACGGUGCAGGAAAAACGACUAUCAUUGAAUGUCUUAAAUACAUAUCCACUGGAGAUUUUCCUCCUGGCACCAAAGGAAACUCAUUUGUUCACGAUCCAAAGGUUGCCAACGAAACAGAUGUUAGAGCUCAGAUUCGGUUGCAGUUCAGAGAUGUAAAUGGAGAGCUCCUUGCAGUCCAGAGAUCCAUGGUCUGUACCCAGAAAGGCAAGAAAACAGAAUUUAAAACACUUGAAGGUGUCAUUACAAGAACCAAGCACGGGGAGAAGGUCAGCCUGAGCUCCAAGUGUGCAGAGAUCGAUCGGGAGAUGAUCAGUGCCCUCGGGGUAUCCAAGUCAGUGCUUAACAAUGUCAUUUUCUGCCACCAAGAGGAAUCCAACUGGCCACUCAGUGAAGGGAAGGCCCUGAAGCAGAAGUUUGAUGAGAUCUUCUCAGCCACGAGGUACAUUAAAGCACUGGAAACUCUCCGUCAGGUACGGAUGAAGCAAAGCCUGAAAGUCAAGGAGUGCCAGACAGAGCUGAAAUACCUAAAACAGAAUAAAGAGAAAGCACAGGAGAUCCAGGAUCAGCUGAGCAACAGGGAGGCUCAGCUGGCUGCUUCCAAGGAGAAUGUUAAAUCCAUUGAGGGUCAGCUCGAGCCUCUGAAGAGCAAUCUGGAAGCAGUUGAACUGAAACUCACCAAAGUGAUGAGGUUGGACAAUGAGGUGAAAGCCCUGGAGAGCAGGAGGAGGCAGAUGGAGACAGAUAAUCAAGACUUGCAGCAGAAGAUGGAAAAGGUUUUUCAAGGAACAGAUGAACAGCUGAGGGAUAGGUAUGAGAACCACCAGAGGACAGUGAAGGAGAAGGAGAAGAGAUUAUCAGAUUGUAAACGUGAAUUAGACAGAGCCACUAAAGAGUGCCAGAGAUUUAACAGUGAGAAAUCAGAACUGCUUGUUGAACGAGGUCGUCUACAGCUGCAAGCAGAUCGACACCAGGAGCACAUCACCUCCAGGGAUGCUCUAAUCCAGUCCCUGGCAGCACAGCUGGAGCUGGAUGGUUUUGAGAGAGCACCUUUUACUGAAAGACACAUUGCCAGUUUCCACAGGCUGCUGAAAGAGAAACAGGAGAGAGAUGCAGAAGCUGCAAACCAUUUAAUGAGAGAUUUUGAACGCAAAGAAGCAAUGAAACAGAAGGAGAUAGAUGAAAUAAGAGACAAGAAAACAGGAUUAGAAAGCACCAUUGACCUGAAGUCAGGCAUUCAAAGUAAGAAGCAAGAGGAGCUGAAGAAUGUAAGACAUGAACUGCAGCAGCUGGAGGGGUUUUCAGACAGAGUUCUGGAGCUGGAGCAAGAGAUUGCCAAGACAGAACAUGAGCUGGAGAAGGCCAAGAGGAGCAGCAAUGUAGAAGCACUGGAGCUGGAAGUGCAGACUUUGCAAACUGAGAAAAUCAACCUGGACAAAGCUCUGAGGAAGCUGGAUCAGGAGAUGGAGCAGCUGAAUCUCCACACCAUGACAAUUACCCAGAUGGAGAUGCUGAAGAAAGACAAAGAAGGCAAAGAAGAGCAGAUCAGGAAAGUAAAAUCCAGACAUUCUGAGGAACUGACAUCACUGCUGGGAUACUUCCCCAAUAAAAACCAACUUGAAGACUGGCUUCAUGGUAAAAACAGGAAGAUUAAUCAGACAAGGGAUAAUCUUGCUGACCUGAACAAACGCCUGGCCUCUGUGGAAUAUCACAAAACUUAUGUCACCAACGAGCUGAGAAAGAAAGAAGAGCUGGUGUCACUGAAUGAGGAAAAGCUCUCUGAUGUCUGUGGGAGCCAGGAUUUUGAUGGUGAUCUGAAGAGACUUCAGGAUGACAUUGAAAAAAGCUCCAAGCAGCGAGCUGUGCUUGCUGGAGCCACUGCAGUCUAUUCCCAGUUCAUCACCCAGCUGACAGAGGAGGAGCCCUCGUGCUGCCCAGUUUGCCAAAGGCUUUUCCAAACUGAGGCUGAGCUGCAGGAUGUGAUCAGUGACCUCCAGUCCAAGCUGCGCCUUGCUCCAGACAAACUGAAGUCAACAGAGGCUGAGCUGAAGAGAAAAGAGAAAAAAAGGGAUGAGAUGAUGAGCCUGAAACCACUUCGGGAAACUGUGGUGGAACUCCAAGACAGGGACAUCCCAGACCUGAGGAACAAGAUCCAGAAUGCCAGCAGGGACUUGGCAGGCCUGAAGGGUGAGAUAGAAGAGCAGGAAUCACUCCUGCAGGCAGCUUUGUCUGAGGAGAAAGGUGCCAAGGCAUGUUUGCAAGAUAUCACUCUAAUGGAAAGGUACCAGGCUGAUAUCAGGGAUGUUGAACGAAAAAUUGCUCAGCAGGAGGCUAAGCUGCUGGGGGUGGAUUUAAGUAGGACUGUUCUACAAGUAAGCCAUGAAAAACAAGAGAAAAAACACCUGUGGGAUACAGUUACUGGGAAAAUUGAAUUAAAUCAAAAACUGAAGCAGGAUCAGCAGAAUCAGAUCCAGCAGCUGAAGAGUUCACUCAAUGAGCUGAAGGAGGAGAAGCUGCAGAUUUCCAGCAGCAUGCAGCGUCGCCAGCAGCUGGAGGAGCAGACAGUGGAAUUAACCACAGAAGUUCUCUCCUUAAGCAGAGAGAUCAAGGAAGCAAAGGAGCAGGUAUUUCCUUUGGAUGCAACUUUAGAAAAACUGCAGCAGGAGAAGGAGGAUCUAGUGACUAAAAAGGCUGCAAGCAACAAAGAAACACAAGACAAGAUAAAUGGCAUAAAAGAGAAAGUUAAAGACAUAAACAAGUAUGUGAAAGAAAUUGAAAACUAUAUUCAGCAAGGGAAAGAAGAGUAUAAAAAGCAAAAGGAAUCUGAGCUGGAGGAGGUGAAUUCUCAGUUAGCCACCUGUGAGAGACAGAAGGAAAAGAUAAGCAGAGAGAUGGAAAUGAUUCGACAGGAUAUUGACACCCAAAAGAUACAGGAGAGGUGGCUGGAGGAUAAUCUCACACUGAGGAAAAGGAAGGAAGAGCUGAAAGGGGUGGAAGACAAAAUCAAACACUUGCUGAAGGAAAUGGGAGAGAUGGAAGUUCCACAAAUGAAAAAUGAAAGGAAAAUCUUGGAGGAGAAGAUUGAAUCCCUGAAAAGAAACCACCACGUGGCACUCGGCCGGCAGCGGGGGUUUGAGGAAGAGAUCCUUAGGUUUAAAAAGGAACUGAGGGACUCCCAGUUCAGAGAUGCAGAAGAAAAAUACAGGGAGAUGAUGAUUGUGAUGAGAACAACAGAGCUGGCCAACAAAGAUCUGGACCUUUAUUACAAGGCUCUUGAUAAGGCAAUAAUGACAUUUCACAGCAUGAAGAUGGAAGAGAUCAAUAAAAUAAUCCGUGACCUUUGGAGAAGCACCUACAGAGGGCAAGACAUUGAAUACAUAGAAAUCCGUUCUGAUGCAGAUGAGAAUGUCUCAGCCUCUGACAAGAGAAGAAGCUACAACUACAGAGUAGUGAUGGUCAAGGGAGACACAGCCCUGGAUAUGCGGGGAAGAUGCAGUGCUGGCCAAAAGGUUCUUGCUUCUCUCAUUAUUCGCCUUGCUCUGGCAGAAACUUUCUGUCUCAACUGUGGCAUCUUGGCACUGGAUGAGCCCACCACCAACCUGGAUCGAGAGAACAUCGAGUCCCUUGCACAUGCCCUGGUGGAGAUCAUCAAGAGCCGCUCGCAGCAGCGGAACUUCCAGCUUCUGGUGAUCACCCAUGAUGAGGAUUUUGUGGAGCUCCUGGGUCGGUCUGAGUAUGUGGAAACCUUCUACAGGAUAAAGAAGAACAUUGACCAGUGCUCUGAGAUCAUGAAAUGCAGUGUCAGGUCCCUAGGCUCCUAUGUUCAUUAGCAUUUCCAUUAAUUCUGGUUAAUUCCAGCCUGGCUGAGGGGACAGAGCUGGAAGUUCAGUCCCUUGGUGGCACACAGCUCUGCAGGUUUGUAACAAUUCCAGCUAGAAACUGAAACUGAAGCCUUGAAAACUUCAUUUCUUUCUUCCUAUCCCUGGGCCUCCACUGGAGGAUCAGCACGAGUUGGGAGGAAUUUAAAUGAAUACAGCCAGUUCCCUUUUUUCAGAUGUAUUUUACCUUUUCCAAGUGAAAAUAAAGUGGUGGUGAUGC